CUCUCUCUCUCUCUCUCUCUCUCUCUGUCUCCACAGUCGACAUUCACGUUCACACUAGAAACCCCAAAUCCAGAUCACAACCUUGGAAGCAGUUUCGCUGGUAAUAAUAAUUAGGCUUUUAUUGUCUUAACAAUCACCAGUUUUCUGUCAUCAAUACAGAUACAUAUACAUACAGAGUAGUAUUCAUUCAUUCCCCUGUUUCUAAAAUUUUCUGCGUUUCUAUUAAUAUGCAUCUCUGACUCUGUUUCCUUCUUCUCCUCUCUCAAACUUCUUUGUUUUGCCGACUUGAAGCUUUUGUUGCAUCCCCCUUCUUUUAAUCCUCUUUUCUUCUCAAUUUUCAUAUACAUCGACAACCCAUAUUUGCAAAAUCUAUCCUUUUAUCUCAAACUUCUUUGUUUUGCCGACUUGAAGCUUUUGUUGCAUCCCCCUUCUUUUAAUCCUCUUUUCUUCUCAAUUUUCAUAUACAUCGACAACCCAUAUUUGCAAAAUCUAUCCUUUUAUCUCUCUCUCUCUCUCUCUCUCUCUGUGACACACACAUCACAUAGUAGUAGUGAGUGGGUGUGGUGGGGCGUUCAUUUCCAGUUUUUGAUACACAACACACAAUACAUAUUCCCUAUCUUUCAGGUAUAUUAUUUUCCCUUGGGAUAUAAUUUAUUUGGGAAAUUUUUCCCUUUACCAGCGUUACAUAAUUUUCUCUUCACGAUCUCAGCUUUUCCUGGGAAAGAAUCGCUGAAUUUUCGCUCAUACCGCGUACCCACCUGCCAAAAACCGUUGCCUUUUUCAUCCUUCCUUCUUUUCUCACUAGAGAAAAAAAAAAAAAGAAAAAAAAAAGGUACACUUCACAAUCAACAACCUACCUUUUCGUUAACUCCCUCGAAUUUUCUCAGAAAAUCACCUAGAAAGAUCUGAUCUUUUUAUUUAUUUAUUUAUUUUGCUUCCUCUUCUACUACAGUAUUGAGAUAUAUAUUAUUUUGCAGUUUGGUUUAGCCAGAAAAAUGUUAAAUCUGUGGUUUAGGAUAUGUUUAUUGGUGUAUGUGAUGGUGGGGCUGAUGGGUGGAUUACCCAUAGGCGUUGAGGGACUAGGUGUGAACUGGGGAACUAUGGCAACCCACAAGUUGCCACCAAAAAUAGUGGUACAGAUGUUGAAGGACAAUGGAAUUGGGAAGGUGAAGCUGUUUGAUACAGAGCAGUCAAGCAUGAGUGUUCUUGCUGGCUCUGGUAUUGAAGUUAUGGUUGCCAUUCCUAACAACAUGCUUGCCACCGUAGCCGAUUACGAUAAAGCUAAGGACUGGGUUCGCCACAACGUUACUCGUUACAAUUUCAAUGGAGGUGUUAAAAUCAAGUAUGUAGCAGUUGGGAAUGAACCUUUUCUCAAGUCCUACAACAACUCAUUCUUGAAUAUCACCUUCCCAGCCCUUCAGAACAUCCAAAAUGCCCUAAAUGAAGCUGGGCUAGGAGACACCAUAAAAGCUACCGUACCCUUAAAUGCCGAUGUCUACGAAUCACCACAGAGCAAUCCAGUCCCUUCUGCUGGAAUAUUCAGGUCAGAUAUCAGUGACCUCAUGACUCAGAUUGCCCAGUUCCUACACCAGAACAAUGCACCAUUCACAGUAAACAUUUACCCUUUCCUCAGUCUCUAUGGCAACGACAACUUCCCCGUCGACUAUGCUUUCUUUGAUGGGGCUAGUGCUCCCGUUGUUGAUAAUGGCAUUCAAUAUACCAACGUCUUUGAUGCGAAUUAUGAUACGUUGGUUUCGGCCCUAAAAGCAGCAGGGUUUGGGGACCUCCCCAUUUUGGUAGGGGAGGUGGGGUGGCCCACGGAGGGUGACAAGAAUGCUAAUUCCAAUUUAGCUUUUAGGUUUUACAAUGGGCUUUUACCGAGACUUGCAGCCAAUAAGGGCACCCCACUUCGGCCUGGAUAUAUAGAAGUUUAUUUAUUUGGACUUAUCGAUGAGGACGCCAAGAGCGUUGCUCCGGGGAACUUUGAGCGCCACUGGGGAAUUUUCAGGUAUGACGGUCAACCAAAAUACCCUCUUGAUCUUUCUGGACAAGGUCAAAACAAGUAUCUUGUGGCUGCGCAGAAUGUGAAAUAUCUCCCUAAGAAAUGGUGCACAUUUGAUCCGAAUGCCAAGAAUGUGAGCAAACUUGCAGAUAAUAUCAAUUACGCUUGCACGUUUGCGGAUUGCACGACACUUGGGUAUGGAUCUUCUUGUAAUGGUUUGGAUGCAAAUGGAAAUGCUUCAUAUGCGUUUAAUAUGUACUUUCAGGCCCAGAAUCAAGCAGACUUAAGCUGUUACUUCCAAGGUAUGGCCAUGGUCACUACACAAAAUAUAUCACAAGCAAAUUGCGAUUUCAUCAUUCAAAUAGAUUCCUCUUCUUCUCCGGGGCAUUGGCAUUCUUCUCCACUGACUUUGGCAGUUUUGGUGGUAUCCGUGCUUGUGAUGUUAUAGAUUUGUUUCUGUAUAUACUUCAGAUGAACUCUUUUUCUUUUUUUUUUCUUUUUUUCCCCUUCAUUUAUAUAUGUUUUGUUUUUGGGUAUGUUGUUGAGACAAUUGGGUAUUCAUUCAAUAAAACUGCAGGGAAUAUUCAUUAAUC